AGAUCGAUUGAUUCCCGCCAUUUGAUUAUUGAAAUGUCAACAAGACGAUCUUCCAGACAAACUUCAAAAGAUAGCAAUGGUGACAUGACACAUGAACACAAAAAUGGAGGCGGGAAUCAUGACGUUGAACAAUGGGUGUUUUUGAUUAAUGAUUCAAUAAUAGAGGAAAACCCAAAUGCAGAAGACAAGCCAACAUUCUGUAAACUUCGUCACCCUAAAUCAGAUAAAGGUGCAUUAUUUGUGUUUUCUCACAAUGAGCGAGAUAUCCAUGAAGUCACCUCCUUUAAAGAAGAGUUCCGGUCAUGGUUCAUAGGAAAUCAAGUGCAAAGUGAUGGAUCACUAAUAUUGACGGCUAUAGUAGAUCCUGUAUUUUUAGUGCUGCCUUACCUUAUCAAAGCAGAAAAGACAGGAAAGUUCAUGACUAUUGACCAGAUCGUGACGGAUGAUGACUUUCCAGAAUGCCACCAUCUGUAUAAGACUGCCGGAAUGUCAGAACUUUAUCAAGUGUCGGAUAUGAAGGGUGAUGAUGACUUGAGAGUGUACAGGUUCAACAAGGAGAGGACGCUGUCAUGGUUACAGGGAAAGAUUGACAAGCUGGCAGAUGUCCUGUCCUCUAAGAAUAUAUGUGUGUCUGGAGCCCAAAGUUCUUCCUUUAUCAGGAGCAAACGCUUCUCUACAGCAACAACAGAUGAUUACCGUCGAUUUGCUCAUGGAAUGGUAUGUGACUACUUGUCUGUAGAGCUUGGCCAGGAACUUUUGGUACAUCUUGGUUUACCUGCAGAGGCAGAAAAGACAGAAGCUACAGAACCUCCAGCUAAGCGAAUGAAAACAGAAAAUUCUGGUCCAACAGAAGAUUACAGUCAGGGUAAAAAUAAUGUCAAAGUCAAGGCUGUCAAGAUGAACAAAGCUCAAUCAUUACUCAGCAAAGUGGACAAAUCUGGUAUGAAGAGUAUGUCCAGCUUCUUUUCACCGAAAGCUAAAACCUGAGGAACUUGACUCUGUUUACCUGAAGGGCUCGAACCACAAGUCUUGAUUCUGCAACAGAAGAAUGUGAUUGAGGGAAACAUUUAGAGUUCAUUUACCAACACCUUUGUUAUGCCAGUAUUAUUUAUGCAUUCAAAUUUGAAAAUAAUUGGUGUUCAAAUCUUUAACUUAGAUUUUACAGAAUUUUUUCAUAAAGUGCUGUAAUUUUGAUUGAAAUGACAUGAUUGACAUAAUGCUUUUUAGUGCUCACAUUUGUUAACCAUGGUGUUCCUUGAUAGAAUUGUACAAGUACAUGACCUAAUAUGGUUCAGGGCGCCUUAUUAAGAUUCGUUAUUCUGCAGUUUUAUGAAACAGACUAUACCUUAUAGCAGAAUACCCAAGGUUGUGGAAACGGUUAAAUAUUCAGUGAUAAAUAUAUUCCAGAUCAAGAUAUCUAUUCAUUAUCAUUAUAUAAACAUGACUGGGAUAUUCCUGAAAACUUGUAAAUCUUGCCAGCUUUUGUUCAGAACAGAGAACAUAUGUUCCACCAUUUAUGUUCAAAUGGAACUCUUUUGUGUUCUAUUUAUUGACACAAGUGUGAUUUACCAGAUCAUAUCAGACAUCGUUUUACUUCAUCUUUGACCUAAUAAUUGAUUUACAGUGUCUUUUGCUAGCUUUUUGUUCUUGAAAACAAUAAGUUAAUAACAUAAAUUAAGUCUUUUACUUUAUCUUCAAAUAAAUAUUGUAAGUUAUUUGUAUGUAAUUUGUAUGUGUGUUUAGCAUUAGUUUUUGGCCCACUUUGUUCUGAUAUCUGUAUGAAUAGACAAAAUGUGGCGAAAACUUCCGUUCCAGUUUCUUAAUUUGCUUAAGAAAAUUUGUACACAUAAAGUAGCAAAACAUUGCACAUGGAUUAUUACUUUUGAACACCAUUUUGACACUGAUUUAGUCAAAAAUUUUUUUUUUCUUGGAAAAUAAGGAAGGGGUGCCCUUAUUAGGUUAUAUACGGUAUACAUUUUAUUGUACUAUCUAUGGUUAAUGAUGAACUGACAGCUUUGAUACAGGAAGUUGAAGCUGUGAUAUACAAUCUGCAUUGUAAAUGUGUUCAGAAACAAACCUUAUGAUUGCCAUAUAUCUACAUAUAUAUAAAUAGCUGCAGGAUUUAUGCAUAUUUUAUGUUGUCAAUUUACUUAGAUAUAUAUAAGUAAUUUUCAAUGACACAAUGUUUUAUGUACAAACCUGAAUAUUUUGUGUAACAACUUAAGUGCUUAGUAUGUAUUGUUUUAGUGUCUACAUAUUUUUUGAUUUGAAGAAGUAUAGAGCAAGAAGUUCCUGGGAAAUGUCUAAAAAACCAAAACUGUGGAAGAAUUAUGUGAUACUGAACUACUGCAUUAUAUUCAUCAUCUUUUAAAUAUGAACAGGCAAGUGUAAAUUAAAGUAUAUUCCAAGAUGCACAAAAUAUGAAAUUAUCCCCUCUUUGACUGUACAGUCAUUUAAAUAUAAUUGAAAUCUGUCUGAUUGUCUCCCUUGAACAGCAGAAAUAUUAAGUGAAUAGUCACAAGAGUACUUUUCACGUUUCUGUCAUUAGCUUGGUUAAAUAAUGUGAAAAUUUUCCUAUGCCAUUGAAAAUUUUGUUUGAACAUCUUAAGAAAAAAUCAACAUUCUACAAUUUACAACAUUUAAUUUUUUUUGUAUUUUAAUACUUAUUGACGAAGUAAGACUUCCAUGACGUAAGAAAAAGGCUGAUAUUUUUAGUUUUCAUAUACAAAUUAACAAAAAUAUACAUUUGAUGAAAAAUAGCUACAGCUUCUUUGUGCAUUGGUGUCAACAAAACAGAGCCUUAAGUGUCACCAUAUAUAAAUAAACCUCAUUGUGAAAUGCCCUUCACUGAGUUUUACAAUACCAUUUAAAGUGAAUAUUAUUUCACCACAUUUUGAAAUCAGUGCUAACUGGAAACUUUUCUGAGAAAGUAAUUAGAUUUAAUGUGUAAAUUAGAGCUUUAAGAUAAAGUGUAAAUUGAUAUACCAUAACAAAAUCUGUUCUAAUCUCAAAUUCUCAAUAGAUAUUGAGGUUAACUUUGUCAAUAUCACUUAGGUUUGUUCUUGAAAUAAACUUUUGGUUAUGAAUUCA